GCUGCUGAAAGGUGGCGGAGAGCCGCGAGUCGCUAGCCAUAUACGGCCCGGCCGAGGCGGCGAGUUAGCCACCAGCCGUGGGCUGUGAGAGAUGGUAGCCCUUUAGCACCCAGCACCGUUCGAGCGGCCUGCGGGGUAUCGCUAGACCGCGUAUUUAUACAUGAGUAGCGAGCACCCCAAGGCAAGCGAUGUGUAAAUGUCGUGUCGAGCUUGUGCUCCUGUCUUUACGUGGAAGAAGCCAGACUGAAUUGGUACAGAAAGCAAAGCAUAUAGCCAAAAAAAGAAGAUUCCUUUAAAGAUCUCCGGUUUUGUCCCAUUGACGAUUCCAGGAGUCAGACUCAUGAAAGAGUGUGGAUACAGCGAAAUUAAUACUCGUGGCACAUUCCCCAUGGAGUCCACUCACAAACAGAAAACUGCUGUGAGGAGGAAAUGGGAAGUCUUCCCGGGAAGGAACAAGUUCUACUGUGAUGGCAGGAUCAUGAUGGCUAGACAAACUGGAGUCUUCUACCUCACAUUGGUCCUUAUACUGGUCACCAGUGGACUCUUCUUUGCCUUUGAUUGUCCGUAUUUGGCGGAGAACAUUACCCCAGCAAUUCCUGUAAUAGGCGGAAUCCUUGUUUUUUUUGUCCUUGGGGCUUUAUUGAGGACCAGUUUCAGCGACCCUGGAGUUCUUCCUCGUGCCACACCUGAUGAGGCAGCAGACCUGGAAAGGCAAAUAGAUGUCGCUAAUGGCUCUACUUCAGGCGGUUAUCGGCCCCCUCCUCGAACGAAAGAAGUCGUUAUCAAUGGUCAGACGGUGAAAUUGAAAUACUGCUUCACCUGCAAGAUAUUCCGCCCUCCACGUGCUUCUCAUUGCAGCUUGUGUGAUAACUGUGUAGAGCGCUUUGAUCACCACUGCCCCUGGGUAGGCAACUGCGUGGGGAAACGAAACUACAGAUUUUUUUACAUGUUCAUAUUAUCUCUGUCCUUUCUGACAGUGUUUAUAUUUGCAUUCGUUAUCACGCACAUCAUACUUCGUUCACAGAAGUCAGGAUUUCUCGAUGCCUUAAAAGACAGUCCUGCAAGCGUUCUGGAAGCUGUAGUUUGUUUCUUCUCUGUUUGGUCAAUUGUUGGCCUUUCUGGAUUUCACACAUACUUGAUCAGUUCCAAUCAAACUACCAAUGAAGAUAUUAAAGGAUCAUGGUCAAGUAAAAGGGGCAAGGAGAAUUAUAACCCAUACAGCUAUGGCAAUAUUUUCACUAACUGCGGUGCCGCUCUCUGUGGACCAAUGAAUCCAAGCCUCAUUGACCGAAGAGGACUUAUACAGGCAGAUAUGGCGCUAUCAGUUGCACCGUCCAGUGGACUGACUAUGUACGGGUCUACUCAGUCUCAAAGCAAUAUGUGUGACCAAGACCAGUGCAUUCAGAGCACCAAAUUCGUUUUGCAGGCAGCAGCCACACCUCUUCUGCAGACUGAGCCUACAAUAACCAGUGAGGAGCCACCACUGCCAGGAAAAACCAAUAUAAAUGCCCCAUGUGCCUCAUUGGCCCUUGGGCAGCCAACACCACCAUCUUCAAUGCCAAACCUUAAUUCAGAGACUGUUUUAACAGAAAUGAUCCCACUAAAAGAGGACAUUGGCAACCAUCAAUUUUUAACACCAGAUGAAGCACCUUCUCCUCCAGGAAUGCUGCCAGUGAGCAACUCUGUAACUUAUAGCCAUACCAUGCAUGUCCUAAACCUUGUGAGCCAAGACUCAUUGCAUGAAGACUCAGUACGUGGUCUUGUGAAGCUCAGCUCUGUUUGACAGUGCCACUGCCCAGUAACACACCUGUCAAUUCCUGUGAUCUGCUUGCACUGUGUGAUUAGAAAUGUGCAUUGUACAGUAAUAAAGUUCAAACAGAAAAUCUCUUGUUGAAGAAA